ACCGCGGGGACGGGACGGGUGGCCGCCCCUGGGCCCGGCUUCGGCUCCGUGCCAGCUCUCGGGAUGCGCUGGAGCGGCUCCGGGGGAGCAGAAGCGGAGUCAGACCCGGGAGCGGGGUCAGAUCCUGGAGCGGCUCCGGGGGAGCAGGAAAGAGAUAAGCAUCUGAUAAAAAAAGAUGCUAGAAAGAGAAUUAUCUGUAUCGAGGGCAACAUUGCAAGUGGAAAAACAACAUGCCUGGAUUAUUUUGCACAAACUACCAGCAUUGAGGUUUUGAAGGAACCUUUGGCCAAGUGGAGGAAUGUUAGGGGUCAUAAUAUCCUGGGCUUAAUGUACCAGGAUGCAUCCAGGUGGGGGAUAACUCUGCAGACCUAUGUCCAGCUGACCAUGCUGGAGCAGCACACCAGGCCCAUGUUUAUGUUGCAGAUUGCCCCCAUAAGGAUGAUGGAGCGAUCGAUUCACAGUGCAAAGCACAUUUUUGUGGAAAACCUGUAUCGAAGUGGAAAAAUGCCAGAGGUGGAUUAUGCUGUCCUAAGUGAAUGGUUUGACUGGAUCCAGAAAAACACUGAUGUUUCAGUUGAUUUGAUAGUUUAUUUACAGACAUCUCCUAAAGUUUGUUAUGAGAGGCUAAAGAUACGAUGCAGAGAAGAGGAAAAAGUCAUUCCUCUGGAAUAUUUAGAAGCUAUUCAUGAGCUCUACGAAGAGUGGCUCAUUAAACGUGCACUGUUUGAAGUUUCCUGCCCAGUACUUGUUAUUGGAGCUGACCACGACAUGCAGAAAAUGAUAGAGAAGUAUGAAGAAAACCGGGACCAAAUACUGAACCCACCGAACAGACAAGACCAUUUAUAAAACCUGGGACUGUUGUAUCAGAAAUCAUCAGUUGAAGUCUGAUUUGGUAUUUUUAAUAUUUAAAUAUAAUGGGUAUUGUUUUUGCACUGUGCUUUACAGAAUGCUGUGGACUUCCAGCUCUGAAAUGCUUAGCUACCAAUCAGGAACAGAAUAUGAGCCAAUUCCCUUUGUGUUUUUAGGUUUUCCGUCAGCUUUACUGUGUCAGUUUUGUUCAGCUAAAAUGUGGCUGUUUCCCUUAUUUCCCACUUCACUGUUGCUCCCUAGAAGUAACUUUAAUGUCUUCUAUUCUUUUUCCCCAAAGACGACCCUGUUUUUGUAAUUUGAAAUAAACGAUUUAUUACGCCCCUCUGA